UCCGGUGGCCUCCUUGUAGAGAAGCAAGACCUGGACUGAGACCUCGCCUUAGUUUGCUCCUUGCCCUAUAUAAAGAAGGGGACUCCCAGAGAAAGGCAGUACCCAUUCUCAUAUCCUUCUCCAAGUAAUCAUGGCGCCCAUCUUCUUCCGUUCUUCGGUGAGCCUGCCCUUCCUGCUGGUGGCAGUGGCACUAUGCUCGUUGCCAAUUUCCUCUGCUGAUGACGGCAUUGCAACCUUCUAUACUGAUACUACAUUCGCAUGCGAGAACCAAGAUCCAGGCACCAACUACGCUGCAGUCGGCCAAUCCAUGUACGAUAAUGGAGGAAUAUGCGGGAGGCAGUAUUCCGUGUCUUGCACCGGCGCUACCAACGAAUCUCCUAAUCCAUGUAGAGGAGGGAGUGUAAUCGUCAAGGUCGUGGAUCUUUGUGAAAGUUGCGAAUAUGGGCACUUGGAUAUCUCACAGGAAGCUUUCUCCACCAUUGCCGACCUCGACGCAGGAGUCAUCAAGAUCAGCUAUCAACCGUUGCGUGCAUCUAACGGCGCACAUAACUCACUUUCAUGUGAAGCAGGCAAUUUCCUGACUUGCGUGGAGCAGGUGCAUGGUUUCCCAAUCGCGUGGGGGCCAUACAAUUGACUGACUUGGGUCAGUGCCUACAUCGAAAUGAAUGUGAGUAGGUCCCCUCGAUCCUUGUAUGGAAGCAGCAAAAGACCUUGCCUUUGCCCCUAUAUAAAGCAGGCAAUCCCCUGGUCCUUGACAUAGAGAAAGUCAGUACCCAGUUAUCCUAUAUGCUUCUCUAAGUCAUGGCCAUCUUCUUCCCUUCUUCUGUUCAGCUGCCCUUCCUCAUGGUGGCAGUGGCACUCUGCUUCUUGCCAACCUCCUUUGCUCGUGAAGGCGUUGCAACUUGGUACCCUGGUGGUUCUUCAUUUGCGUGCGAGAACGAACAACCAGGAACCAUGUACGCCGCAGUUGGCCCGUCAACGUUCCAAAAUCGAGCAGCAUGUGGGAGGCGUUACUCCGUAACUUGCAUCGGCGGUACCAACGCAGUUCCUCACCCAUGCACAGGUCGGAGUAUGACCGUCACGGUCGUAGACCGUUGUGAAGGUUGCGAACCUGGCCACUUGGAUCUCUCUUAUGAUGCCUUCGCCGCCAUUGCCAAUCCCGACGCCGGAAGAGUGAGGAUCAGAUACCAUCGGGUUUACUAGGCACGAUGCAUGCACACACAUAUAUAUAUAUAUAUAUAUAUAUCAAGUAAUAUUGCCAAUAAAGGCAUCUUGCUGCUGCUGUUGACGGCUGAUUACUACGUUACCCUCACC